AUGUCCGCCACCGCCGUCCCAGACGCGUCGCUUGCUAUCCCGUCCCCCGUCUCCGCCCUCGCUUUCGGGCCAGGGGGACGCUCUACCGUCCUGACAGAAGUUCUAGACGAUGGGUGCCUCCGGUGGUAUAAUCUGCCGUCAACAAAAGUAGUGAAAGCGAUCAAGUCUCUGGGAGAUGAGAUAUCAUCCAUUUCGAUACACAGCCAGCACAGAAAUGAGCCGGAGACAGCAUGGGUAGCUUCAGGGCGCAACGUGUUUUGCCUGCCGACAGAGUCCCAGAAAAUGAUCCUGAGUAAAGAUGAUGCGAUAGCUGAGAUUUUCAUCGGAGAAGACGAUGACGAUCUUCUGAACGAGCUGACUCUCAGUGACAACGGGAAAACCCUCGCCUUUAGCUCCGAUUCCGGCGCGGUCGGGAUUGUCGACAUCUCAAACAAAUCGAUCUCGCGCAUGAAGACACGACACACAAAUGUAUGCGGGUCUGCCAGAUUUAUCCCUGAUCGGCCCAGCGAGCUUGUCAGUGGGGGAUACGACUCCGCUGUGCUUCACUUUGACGUCGCACAAGGGAUCAUUCUCUCACGAUUCGACAUCGCGUCUGUGCCACCAACACCUGGUCAAAGUGUCUCACUUUCACCGCCCUUUGUUCUCUCGCUCUCGGUCAGUCCUUCGGGGCUUUUAGCUGCAAGCACAGCGGACGGCCGCGUCUGGAUCGGAAGUGGAGGCGAGAAGAGACCAGGUGCAGCGAAGAAGAAACGAACACGCAAAUGGGAGGGACUCAAGACUGACGCAGGUUCGUGGCUACAGGUCGCUGAAGGGCCCGUCGUUGCGACAGCAUUUGUGCAGGCCGAUCGUCUGAUCACCUGCACUUUGCUCGGCACUAUCACAGAAUAUGUUGUGUCCCGGGACGCAGAAGAUACCCUGUCAGUUGCAAAAUCCCGAGAACGAACAUGUCGUUCUCUCGAAAAGGUGAACGCCAUGACUGCAAAUGGCUCGUCCGUUGCUGUAGGAGGAUUUGGUAAAGGAGGCAAGGGGUUUGUGGAAGUCUGGGAGAUCUCGCCCACGGUGUAG